AUGGAAACAUUCUAUUGUGAUAAAGAAUAUAUCGAUCGGUUGAUGCGUGUGUUGCGAAUAAAACAAGAUAUUAAGAGAAUUUUAAAGUACCGUAAUGAGGUUGAAUCAUUUUUACCCGACACAUAUGACCAAGCGAAGGAAAUAGCGUUAAGGGUGGAAGUGGAAUUGAAAGAUGAAAAGAAUAAAGAAACAAAUAUUGUUAAUGCGAUGGAUGGUAAAAAAUUAAACGAAUCAAGAAAUGAAAUGGUGACUUGCCCGUCAUAA